AUGGAGGAGAUUUUGAAGUCUGUUAAGAGAAUUAGGAUCACUUAUACUGAUCCUGAUGCUACUGAUUCUGAUAGCAAUAGUGAUGAUCAGUUCAAGGACCGGCGUAACAAGCGGAAGGAGAUUGUUAUCAAUCGUGAUCUUCCUCCAGGGAGUCCAUGCGUUCAAGCUCCUAAAGAGCAUUUUGCAAAUGCAUACAGGAUUUCUUGCAACAUUGGUGAAUUUAGCAAGAAAUCGCAGAAAUCAUCAUCAAUGUACAAAGGUGUAAGGAAAAGGAAAUGGGGAAAGUAUGCCGCAGAAAUCAGAGACCCUAUUAGAGGUAAAAGAGUGUGGCUUGGUACUUAUGAUAAUGAAGAAGAUGCUGCUAGAGUUUAUCAGGCAAAGAAGCUCGAGUUUGAUAGGAUCAUGGCUGACAGGAAGGCAAAUUUGAGUUCUUCUGGAGCCUCAGCUGUUGAGGGCUCUGUGGCUUGUGGCUCUGCAUCAGAGGAGACUAAUGCUUUGUGUUCACAUCCAUCUCCAUCAUCUGUUCUUGAGAUAUCUACAUCAACUCCCAUGGCAAAGGCAGGUGGUGGAGCAAAACUUAAUAGAACGGAGGAUGUUGAGCCACUUCUCUCGGGAUCUACGGAAAAUGGAUUGAUCUUGCCAUUGGUUUGUCAGGAUUUCAAUCCCAGGCCUGAUGAUGGAUUGUUAUAUUGUAGUAAUAUGGGAAAGCAAGCCAUUUCAAUAUUAGCGGAGGAUGCAUCGAGAGAGCAGCCUGUGGUUAGCAGCAUCAACGAACCAUCUGAUUUUAGCCAUGCAAUAAAGGAAAUGGAAGGAUGGCAACCUUUCUCGAAUAAUCAAUCAGUUAACAGAUAUUCUAUUCUGAACACUAAGGAUCAAUUAUUCAAUGGCAAUAAUGCAGUGGGCCUGGAGACCUCAACAUCCCCGGCUGAUUCAGCGGUGCCACCUUCAAUAAGUGCACAUCUCAAUUUUGAGGAAAAUUUGCGAUAUGACAAUGAUUUGAAAGAGUUAGGCUUUGAGGAGAAUUUGACAUAUAGUAAUCGUUCAGAUGAACUGUUUGAUUGUCUCAGUCAGGACAUUUCUAUGGGUCAACCAGAACUCGAUGAAGAGGAGAUUGCUUGGUUAAAUAAGGACCUGUUCAAUGAUGACCAAUUCUGUAAUUAG